AUGAAUCACCCAAGCAUAUUCAUCACUUUCAUCUUUGCCCUUUUCUCGUCGUAUUCUACAGGGGACGAGGAAGCUCUUCAAUUAAAGAGUUCCUCCGAGGACGAGGUAAGAGGCUGCUACAAGCACAAUCAGACCUUGGCAGUUUGCUUUGAUGUGAAGAAAGGCUCCAUAAAGAUACAGAAGUCCUCGGGGGAAGGAAUUGUCUACUACCGAGAGCUUGGACCAGAAAUGUUCCUCUAUCAAGUCUUAGAUAAGGCUUUUAUUACCGGGUAAAUAUUUCCUAUAAGUAGCAAGUUGUAUAUAAUCAUGCGGUUCAAAAUUCUUUUAGAGUUUUAGCCCACCUGCCAAAAUCUGAGAUCUAGAAAUAUUAGUACAAAAUUUUGCCUCGCCUUCAAAAAUCUUUCAAAACCGGAUGUGAUAGUAUUCUGCCGAAAAGUUUCCGCAUAGCAUUUUGUCCACAAGGAUUCAGAGGUUAAAACCACUUUGUACAUCCUUUCAGCUUGAGCAGUUUAACAAGUAAGUAGCUGGGAAAGUAACCUCACUCAGUAACUUUUAUUUAACGUGCUCCCACCAUCCACAGACUUCAGACUCGAGUAACAACCCAUCCCUAGAAAGGCGUAAUAGACAAUCCACGGGCACCCAACGUCAAUUUUUGGAAAAUAUCUGUUCGGAAGGCGAUUUGAGAUCUGGAAUUUUCGGAACAUUGUUGUAAAAUUUCUUGCUUGCUGCCUCUCUUAGGAUUUUCGAACAUCUAAUAAAUGGUAUAAUUGCCCAUUUUUAACAGAUUAUUACCCUAAAAAGGUCACCUAGAAUUUUCGGGAGCUAGGUUUUCAUCCCUAUAAUUUUCGGAUCACUAGACUUUCAGCUAGGAAAUCCGAACAGAUGAAACAUUUUUAGGGGAUAAAAAUAUACCUAUAUCUGCCGUUUAAAUACUGAAGUACGUUUAACAAUGCUAUGUUUAAGUGGUUUCGAACUACAUUCUCGUUGGGUGCCCCAGACAGUCCGCCCUCCAUUUGUGAUGUGGUCGCUCCAAGAAAAUUUUAGUGCUGUGCGAAGCGUCCGUUUGCUUUUCGAUGGUGCCUGCUAUGAAAACAAACUACAGUCGACUCCCGUUAACUCGAACCUUUAAGGGAAAUCGAAAAAGGUUCGAGUUAUCGGGAGUUGAGUUAUCGGGAGCUCGAAGAAAAUAGCCGGAAGUAAGGUAACAAACAGUUUUUACUGUACAGUGAACAUUUUAAUCACAUUUUAUUGCAGAAAUGUUAAGUGAAAAUUGAAAGAUGCUUUUAGGUAAAAAUCACAACGUAACAUGUGCUAACGAAACAUAGCCUAAAUAACUCUAAAUAGAGCAUGCGUUUUACUGUUUUGAGAAGUAAAGCUGUUCACGUUAGAUUUGUGACAAACAUCAGCCUCCACUAGUAAACUAUAUGUCUACAACUCGUCAAUAGGACUUCAAAAUUCAAUGUUUCGGACGCCAUUACACGGUUUUUUCCCGACUGUUUAAGCGCUCAAACCAUGGUUCGAGUUAGCGGGAGGUUCGAGUUAUCGAGGAUUCGAGUUACCGAGGGUAAAAUUACGGUAAAAGUAUGAAGGAAAUCCGGGGAAAAUCGUUUUUGGUUCGAGUUAGCGCGAGGUUCGAGUUAGCGAGGGUUCGAGUUAUCGGGAUUCAACUGUAUAGCGUUAGAGAUUAGAGAAAAAAAACGGGAAUGCUGGAUCAGGAUACCCCCCCCCCUCCCCCCCCUCUCCCCUCCCCUUCAAGACCCUGCUUUACUUAUUUCUCUAUGAACUUGUGUCUCUCAGUCGUGGCGCUUCGAUGAUUUACGUACCAGAUGACGUUCCACGCACGCCAGAAGCUUUGCGAGCCUUUUCCAAUGACAUACAAGUUGACGAUGAAUACGAAUCUCCGGAAAGCGUCUAUCAAGCAGCCCUUCGGGAGCUUCACCGUAUGCCAGAAUUGCGGCUGCUAGAGCGAGUGUCAUCCGCGUUGGCGGACAACACGACGCGCCUGAAGAUCCUUGAGCCUUUCCAUGGCCUGUGCCUGAACCUCCUCAAGGCCGCAGAUGUAGAGAUUCCGGAUGAACUCAGAGCUGAGCCUGACCAAAAUGACCGUGACAAGCGCUGCUCAAGACCGACGGCGAAUAACUGUCGUGGAAUGUGUGGUCCCGGGUGCUCUUGUUGGAAGUGGUAUUGCGGCGACUGCUGCUUGCAUAGAGGCUGCUACGAACAUGAUUUGUGUUGUAAAAAGAGUAGAUUCAGUUCAUAUUGCCUUACGCCCCCGGGAUGCAGUAGUUUCUCCGGUUACCCUAAAUGCCUUCGUAGCUCCGGGUGGAAGUGA